AUGAAAACCAUUCUGUUCCUGUUCGUUCUAGAAGUCUACUGGACGUUUGCACUGCGAAGAGCCAGAAACUCUUUGUACGGUCCAUGCGCUUUGAAUAAUGAUGGAGAGAAGUGUGAUAAGAAUGGUUACUUUGAAAUAGUGCAAUGCAACUUGGAAUCCUGUUAUUGUGUGACUCCUCAUACGGCAUCCAUUGCUCAAGGCACAAGGACUAAUAGCUCAAAAACAGUGCCAAACUGUGGAACAUGCAUUACUUACCUACAGAAACUGUUUGCUAAUGGAAAUCCACCGAAGAAUAGCUUCGUGCCAGAGUGUGAUGUAGACAAAGGAGAUUUCGAACCAGUUCAAUGUGACAGUGCAAAGAAUCAAUGUUACUGCGUGAGCACUAAUACAGGGAAAGAAAUCUUCGGGUCCAGGAAGCCAUUGAGCAAUACGACAGAGAUGGAAUGUAGUAUUGGCAUUGAUACCUCCAACAAGACGUCUAUAAACCACACACCACCAUAUCCAAACCCCUGGUGCACAACUAACAGGGACGCCGGGCACACUUGCAGUCAGAACAAGACCUCCAUACGUUACUGGUUCGACCCCGAGGCAUUCCACUGUUUCCGAUUUGAGUAUAAGGGAUGUGGUGGGAAUCGUAAUAAUUAUAAGACUAGCGGGGAAUGUUUGAAAGAUUGUGUUGCUGCGAACUACUCCAGUUGUGCUAUGCAAUCAGAGCCAGCUCGAAGGGAAAACGGAGAGCUGUACAAAUGCUCAGAAUCCUACGGAUGCCCUCAAGGCUACUCUUGCUACAUGGGUGUUCUUUUUGGAAUGUGUUGUGAUGACAAAAUUACAAACCGAUAUCAUGCAGCAUUAGAGCCCAAAUGCCAAAACAACAUGGAUGGUAAGAGAGAGUAUUCAGGACCAUUGAUUGGGAAGUCUUGUUCGGAUAAUUUCUGCCCGAGUAACUUUACUUGUGAAAGUAACGAACUUUUUGCGCAUUGUUGUCCAAAGUGA